AUGCCCAUCAAGCUGCCUAAAGGCUUUGCCCGGAGAAAGUCCUCGGGCAACGUUCUAGACGAGGUGGAUGGCCAACCUCAAUCCUCCUUCCGUGUCUUUGAGCGACCGGGAACUCAACAACGAUCAAUGACGGACGGUGAUCAGCUCACCAAGCGCAUGAGUGAGGGUCAUGCCAGUCUUGAGGACACUGAUAACAUCUUCGCCGGGUCAGAGGUUCCCUUGGGCAAAACUCGGUAUGACCGCCCCGGGACCAUGGAAUCUCUCAGAAAGCGAUUGACCGGCCACAAUGACAGUGGUCCGACCUACGAAAGCUCAACCUCAACCCGCCUCAGUUCCUCCUCUACCCUCCCAUCAUCGACCGAAGUUCCGCCGCCCGAUGAAGCAUCAUCCCCACAUUCGCGAAUCCACGAUAUCCCCGCUCCACCUCCACUGGCAGGGGCUUUAAGAGCCGCCGGUAGGACGUUCUCAUUUGGUGGACGCUUUAAUAAGAACUCGACGCCCCCUGCUCCCCCUCGACAUGCCACGCCGGAUGUACCCAAGCAGCGUGCCUACAGCAGUAGCACCAAUGACACGGCAACUCCGCCCAGGCUACCUGAUUCGCAAUUGAAUUUCGAUCUCGGAUCUGGGGAAGAUGACUUCGGAAAGAUGUUUGACCACUUGGGGAAGCGGCAAAGCGCCCUUUUGCGGGACUCUUCUCCGCAACGAGCUAAACAGUACUCUUCGUCCCCACCAACGCAAGCGCUGGCAGAGUUCCAGGCAACUGACAGUAGGGCUGGACGACCGGCUCCCAUUAAUACAGACCGAUCGGCGGUUGUCGACCCCUCGCCUUAUUCCUGGGGUAGCCGUCACUCCGGCGACAACUUGUUGAAUAGCCCCGGCGGCGAAAAGGUCACUUCGCCAGCUCGUUCGACUCCCGAAACGGUCACCAGUUUCCGCAAACCCUCACCCUCCCCUGCCCAGAUGCUCGGCGCGACAACUUCACACCGGGCCUUGGAGAAACCCGUCCGUCGGCCGUCGGAUGGUUUGCGCAGGAGUGGAAUAUACCCGGUGGAUCAGGAAUCGCACACCAUUGACGAUGAAGAUGCCAAGAUGGUCCGACAGUCGGUGCUGUGGACUAAAGGUUCCUCGCCUCGCUGGGAAGAGGCUGCUUCCCCGUCGGGUGAAACACCCCUUCUCGAUAAGGGCAAGGCCACUAGUCCUUCGCAUUUGAGCCCCACCGUGGACGAGAAUUUGUUCGCGCCACGACGGUCACCCGCCCCGAGUGAUAACGGUCUGGACGAUGCCCGACUUGCCGUUCAAUUUGCCGAAAGCCUACCCAAAUCUUCGUCCCCGGCCAACGGCAACAAGGUAAUGACUCCGUCUCAAUUCGAACAUUACCGCCAGCAGCAAGAACUUCGACGAUCCAACAGCGAUGCCACCAAGAGCGAUGAGGAAUCCGAGCACGAGGAGUUUGAUGACGAAGAAGACGAGGUUGAGAAGCAGCGGGCUGCGGAACGGCAACGACGGAAGCAAGAGGCCCACCUCUCCCUCUACCGCCAGCAGAUGCAGAAGGUGACGGGUCAGCAAGCUCCGUCCCCAAUGCUCCGGCCCGAAAUGGCCGGAGCCAGCAGUAGCACCCCCAACCUUCCCAACCGCUUAUCCAACCCGGGCGACAAGUCUUCCAGCGGGAAGAGUAGCAACGAGGAGGAUGACGAGGAGAUCCCACUGGGUAUUCUUGCAGCCCAUGGCUUCCCCAAUCGUAACCGUCCCCCGACUCGCUUAGCCAACGUCAGCUCUCAUCCGAACCUUCGUGCAUCGAUGCACCCGUACUCAACAUCGUCCACCUCCCUCGCCGGCGCCGAGGCUGGCAACAGGGGCAGUCUCCCGGUCUUUGCCAGGAAUCUGCCUCAGGAUCCCUACUUUGGUGCUCGAAUUGUCAAUCCAUCCAAUCGGGAAUCUCUAGCUUUGGGUGGUGGUUCUGGCUCCGUGUAUGGCGGUGCUUCUUCUCCCGUUCCUCCUCCAGGCGGUCUCGUUGGUGUCAUUGCCAAUGAAGAGCGGAACAGGGCGGCUCGCCGUGCAGGAGGCGGAAGCCCCAAUCCCAUGGCAAUGUACGAGCAGAUGCAAAUGGGGAUGGGCAGUCCGGGUGGCGUGCCUCGACCUUACUCGAUGAUGGGGCCGCAGCCAAUGACUCCCAGCGAGCAGGCUCAGGUGAAUCUGUCCAACCAAAUGCAGAAUAUGAUGCAGAUGCAGAUGCAGUGGAUGGGACAGAUGAUGCAAAUGCAGGGUAUGCAGGGUAUGCCGCAAGGUAUGCCGCAAGGUAUGCCUGGUACUCCGCCAAUGAUGGCUGGUGGUAUGCCGCCGCAAAUGAUGGGCGGUAUGCCCGUGCAGGGUGGCCCCAUGGGUCCUCCUUCGGUUAUGGGUGUCAAUCCCAACCUGAGGCCGAUGUCGAUGCAGGGUCCACCCGGUGCUAUGGUGCCAAACUUCGAACAACAGCGUACUCUCAGCAUGCUCGAUCCUAAUAUCGCUGCGCGACGAGGCUCGCCGAUGCCUAAUUUGCCCGGUGGUCCACCCUUCAGACCUAUUACUGGAGGCUACGCCGCUUCCAUCGCACCCUCUGAACGCAGCAAUGCCGGUCUUGCGUCCCGAUAUCGUCCUGUCUCGGUGAUGGCAGGUGAGCCUGGCCCCGGUGUCACGUCGGUGAACAAGGGCUGGAAUGAUGAGAACCAACAUCACUCUUCCUUGGCCGUCUCCCAAUCCCACAUGGGCCUGCCCAAGUCUUCUUCGCUCGCAACCGUCACUGUACGACCUGUCUCGCGAACCAGCCAGUCCCCGGCGGGACGCAAGCCACCUGCUUCAGAUGAAGAAGAUGACGACGAGGGUUGGGCUGAUAUGAUGAAGAAACGAGACAAGAAGAAGAGCAGCUGGAAGUUGAAGCGAGGCACGUCUUCGCUGGGUGAUCUUCUGAGUGCCGUGCACUAA